ACUAUUGACGAAAGCAUCAGCUCGCCGAGACGGCGUCCAAUAUCGAUGAUCGGAUGUAGGCGCUCCUGGGUUCGUCGUACACUGCUUCCCUGUCCUCAAGCGUGCUUGACUACCCCACGGAAAACGGCCGGCGUUACCAUGCCUUUCGAGCAGGCUCAUACCUUGGACCAAAUGAUGAGGUACUGGGGACUGGGAAUUCUCUGUGAGAAGGCUCGUUCAUUAAUCAGUUCACAGACCGAAAUGGAUCGACUUGACUUCAACCACAUGCUCAUCAUGAAGGCAAUCGGCGGAAAACACUUCUUGGCCCCAGUCCCGCAGGAAACGACGCAGAGGAUCCUUGACAUUGGCACGGGAACUGGUAUCUGGGCUGUUGAGGUGUCUGACCUGUUUCCCAACGCUGAGGUUUUGGGAAAUGAUUUUAGUGCUAUUCAACCACCUUGGGUUCCGCCCAAUGUCAAGUUCGAAAUCGAUGAUGUCGAGAGUGAGUGGGUAUACGACCACAAAUUUGACUUCAUCUUCUCCCGAUACAUGGCUGCAUCCAUCAAAGACUGGCCGAAGCUGGUGAGAAACAUUCACGAACACCUCAACCCCAAUGGCUGGGCUGAGUUUCAGGACUACGACAUCGCUUUCCGAAGCGAUGAUGGUACUCUGACAGAAGAGCACCAGACAACCAAGUGGUGCAACACAUUGAUUGAUGCCUGUAACAAGAUCGGUCACGACCCGAACCCUGGACCCAAGUUGGAGCGCUGGGUUAAGGAUGUCGGCUUCACCAACGUCGUUCACCAAAGCUUCCCCAUACCCUUGGGACCGUGGCCCAAGGACCCUCACUACAAGGAUGUUGGUAUGACGAACCUGGUCCAUUACGUAGAUGGCCUCGAGGCCUUCAGUUUGAGAGCCUUCUGUGCCAUCAUGGGAUGGACGAAAGAGGAGACCCUGGUGCAUCUUGCCCAGGUGCGCAGAGAGAUGAAGAAGGGGGACUUCCAUGCUUACAUUACAAUAUGUGCGAAGACACGGAUGACCCUCGCACGUCGCCAGGCUCUGCUGAAGGGGAGCGACCGCUCGAGGUUGACCAUGAUGCGUACGUACCAUGCUGACUUGCACCAGAAUGCGGAUGCCGACUCAACCAUUGACGAACGCAUAUCGUCGUACACGGCGACGUUGACCUCGAGCGUCCUCAAUUAUCCCGAGGAACAUGGUCGGCGGUACCACGCUUAUCGACCGGGAUCUUACUUUGCCCCCAACGACGAGGAUGAGAGCGACCGCCUCGACUUUACCCACGCGUUGAUUCGAAAGACUCUCGAUGGGGAGCUCUACCUGGCCCCGCUACAGAAGGAGAAGGUCCACAGGAUUCUCGACAUUGGGACCGGCACAGGGAUUUGUGAGGUCUCCUUUGCGCAAGUCUGGAGUCAUGCUAAUGGCAACUACUCAGGGGCGAUUGAGAUGGGCGAUGAAUUCGAUCAUGCAGAGGUCAUCGGCAACGACUUGAGUGCGAUUCAGCCAGAGUGGACCCCACCAAACGUCAAAUUCGAGAUUGACGACGUCGAAAGCCCAUGGCUGCACCCUUCCAAGUUUGACUUCAUUUUCAGUCGUUACUUGGCUGGAUCAAUCGGCGAUUGGCCCAAGCUGGUGGGAAACGUGUAUGACAACUUGAACCCCGGAGGAUGGGCCGAAUUUCAAGACUACGACUUUCUAUUCAAGUCCGACGACGGCUCUUACAAGGAAGAACACCACACCUGGCAAUGGAACAACCAGUUCAUCGACGCGACCGUGAGCAUAGGACGCGAGUCUCGCCCAGGGCCCAAACUCGAGCAAUGGGUCAGGGAUGCCGGAUUCGUAAACGUCCGCCAUUUCGUGCACAAGUGGCCGAUUGGCCCCUGGCCCAAGGAUGCCUACUACAAAGACAUUGGCAUGUGCAACCUGAUUCAGCUGCUAGGUGGGCUUGAAGCGUUCACCCUGCGCGUCUUUUGCGGCGUGCUCCGGUGGCCCGAGGCGAAGGUGCUCGUCAUGCUGGCCAAGGUGCGCGCAGAACUGAAAGCUGGCACCUUCCACUCCUAUGGCAACUUCCAUGUGGUAUACGGCCAGAAGGCGUAG